UAAUAUUUGUUUUCAUUAUUUUCAAGCUGUUGCAGAGGCCAUGGAUGAAUCUUCAUCAUCUCAUACUCCUCAGACGGUUUUCGAUGUUUUCAUAAGUUUCAGAGGUGAAGAUACUCGCAACACUUUUGUUGGACAUUUGUACGAGGCCUUGUGUAAAUGGGGAAUAAGGACUUUUAUGGACGAUAUGGAACUCCUAAUUAGAGACAAUCUCAGUGAAGAACUUGUGAAAGCCAUCGAAGAAUCAAGGAUUUUGAUCGUGGUUCUAUCAGAAAAUUACGCUUCUUCUAAGUGGUGCUUGAGAGAAUUGGUCAAGAUAAUUGGUUGUGUGGCUGAGACGACACGUCGAGUCCUUCCUGUGUUUUACCAUGUGGAUCCUUCCGAUGUUCCACAUCAAUCUGGAAAUUUCAAGAAAAGCUUUGAUGAACAUGAAGAAGAGGCUCAAAAAUUCAUAGGUGAGCAGAAAGAAAACUACUUGGAGGAGGUUUACGCUGAAGUGGACAGCAUCAAAAGAAUCACAAACCUGAUAUUAGAUAUGUUGCAUCAUCUCAAGUUAGUACCUUCGGAUACGUUGAAGAAUUUAGUUGAUAUGCAAUGUCGGUUCUUUUCUAUGGCAAACCUCAUUGAUUCAGAAUCAAAUGAGGCAUGUUUCGUGGGAAUUGUGGGGAUGGGCGGAAUUGGCAAAACAACUAUUGCUCAAGUUUUUUACAACAAAUUUGAACUUGAAUUUGAUUAUAGUUGUUUUCUUCGCAUUUCUACGAGCAAUUUGGUGUUGCUCCAAUAUCAACUUCUCCGUCUUGUUUUAAAAGAAGACAUUAAAGUUCAGGACGAGGAUCAAGGAGCAGAUAUGAUUAAGAUUUUUUUGAGAGGUUGCAAAGUUCUUAUUGUUCUCGAUGGGGUCACUACUAAAAGACAAUUAGAAAAGUUAGCUGGAAGUCCCGAUUGGUUUGGUCCAAAGAGUAUAGUCCUCAUUACAACUAGAAAUAGAGAGAUCUUUUGCCAACCUAAUUAUAAAAAUAAGAUACAAGAAUACAAUGUGAAAUUACUCUCUGAUGAGGGUGCCUUAGAACUCUUUUGCAAGCAUGCAUUCAGAGAUGGUCAUCCUGAUGAGAAUUUCAUGCAUCUCACUUGGGAGAUCGUACAAAAAGUUAAGGGACAUCCACUGGCCUUGAUAAAAAUUGGAUCCUCCUUGUAUGGUCGAAGUAUAGAUAUAUGGGAACUUCAGUUGAAGAAGAAUUUUUAUGACGUACUAGUUCAAGAAGAUCUUUUCUCUGUAAUAUUAAGGACAAGUUUUGAAGAACUAGACGCAGACUGCCAAAAUCUUCUUCUGGAUUUGGCAUGUUUCUUCAAUGGAGAGAGGGUGGAACGAGUGAUUGAAAUACUUGAAAGUUUCGAUUAUGGCCCAACCGAUAUUAAAUUACGUUUGUUAGUUGAUAGAUGUCUAACUGAUAUUUCACAUGGGAGGAUACAAAUGCAUUUCUUGAUUCUUUGUAUGAGUCAAGCAAUUGCGCAAGGCAAGUUGGGAACUCAACGAGGCAUUCAAACUAGGAUUUGGCUUCAUGAAAAAAUUGGACUAGAAUACAUUCAAGGAAUAGUAGACCUGGGGGAGGAAGAAGAGUUAGCAUUGGAGGCCGAGUCGUUUCGAUAUAUGACUGCGCUAAGAAUAUUAGAAAUUGACAAUGUGAAACUUUAUGGAGAUGUUCAAUUUCUAUCAAACCAAUUGAGAUUGCUCAACUGGUCUGGCUAUCCUUCAGAGUAUUUGCCAUCAAGUUUUCAAUCACAAUAUCUGUUUAAACUGCACUUGCGUGAUAGUGAUGUUCUACAGCUUUGGGAAGGCAAAAAGAAAUUUGUUAACUUGAAGGAGAUCGAUGUCAGUGGUUCGAAAUUCUUGGUUGAGACCCCUGAUUUUUCGAAUGUUCCAAAUCUUCGAAGAUUGAUUUUACGAAAUUGUGAAAGAUUGCGAUAUAUUCACCCGUCCAUCAAUAUUCUCGAUCGUCUUGUUUUACUGGAUCUGGAGAAUUGCACUUCUACCAGCAUGUCACCAGCAUUACCAUCUAAUCCUCCUCUGAUGAAAAAAGUCGCCGAUCUCGCUGAAGAAGCUGCAAGAAAAGAGUACAGGCAAAUGUCUCAUUUGUGGCCUUCUAAGCCAGCAGCUUCCAACGAAAAUUUAGUUGGAAUGGAGGAUCAAUUGGGGAAAGUUUAUAAGCUCCUGAAUUUAGGAAGAAAAGAUGUGGUACUCUUUUUAGGGAUUUUUGGAAUGAGCGGAAUUGGUAAGACAGGCAUUGCUAAAGUUGUUUACUAUAGAAUUGCAGACGAAUUUGAAAGUAGUUGUUUUCUUCACAUUUCAAAGCAAAGUAAUCUGAUCUCACUACAACAUCAACUACUUUCUCAACUUCUCCCAAAAGAAGACUUCCAAAUUUGGGACAAGGAUUGUGGAGUAGAGAUGAUUAAGAACUACGUCCGUGGUAGAAAGAUUCUUAUUGUUCUCGAUGGGGUCGAUGAAGAGAACCAAAUCAAAAAGUUAGUUGGAUUAGCUGGAAGUCCAGAUUGGUUCGGACCGGGAAGUAGGGUCAUCAUUACGAUUGGAGACAGAGAAGUACUUCUUCGUCAACCUACUUACGGAGAUAAAAUGGUAGAAUACAAUGUGGCGUUACUUGAUGACGCCAGUGCCCUCCGACUCUUCUGCAAUCAUGCAUUUAAAAGUGACCAUCCUGAUGAUAAUUUUAAGGAUUUUUGUGGUGAGAUCGUCAGAAAGCUUGAGGGACUUCCAUUAGCCUUGAGAGUCAUUGGGUCCUUUUUGUACAAUAAAGAUUUUGCUACCUGGGAAGAGACGUUGACGAGGCUCAAUAAAGUUGAACAAGAUUUCCUUGAUACAAUAUUACAGAGAAGUUGAAAGGAUUUACACUGGAAAUCAGCCAUCUAGUUUUUCUUGACUUGGCCACUUUCUUUCAAUGGUACACAAGUUUCAACAAGUUGUGUUUAAAGAGUCCUAGCCCAAAGAAAACAAAGCAGCAGCAUUUAGCCUUGGAAGAUGUCUACCAUAAUCCCCCUGAAGAACAUGCAAGAAAAUACCGUAUCACGAAUGGAAUGAAAUGAAAACGCACAUCAAUGUGCUUUGUUCUGCCAUGAAAUGUUUGAUUCUUUGACAGGCUUUAUAUGAAUUUGGUUCCGAGUACAAGUUUUCCUCUAGACGAUUUAGUGCAUAUCCAACAAAGUCAGCUUGUUCUAAUCUUGAUGGUGGUCUAACAACUCUCCUUUCCUUGUCUCUGGUUCUGGGGUGUUGCUCUUUAUCUCAAAGGAUUGAAGUUCAAUCUCAAAAGUAUCAGUUUGUUCAGCUGAAGAACCUCUAUGAGAUUCAGACCAAACCAUUUCUGCUUCAUUGAAUGCCACGUCCCUGCUAACAAGACAUUUAGGACUCGUUUGAUCCAUACAAAUAAAGUGAACUCAUUCAAAUUUUCUUCCAAAUUCCUUGAAGGAUCCAUUUUAAAACUGAAGAAACGUUCCUUGAGGUAAUUCUGAAAAUGUGCUUAUGAGGAGAAGAUCGAGAGGAAAAGGCCAACAAAGUAUGUUUCCAUUAGCUUUUCAAAUUUUCAAGUAUUUCAUUUAGUUUUUAUCCUUCAAACAGUGGGCUUUUUGUCAAUGCAUGUUUUCAAAUAUGAUUGUGCUGUGUUGAGAAAUGGAAAACUGAGAGAAGAUUUAUGAGUGUUGGAAUUAACCAAGAAACAAAUCACUCAAAACUAAAAAUAAAGAGUGAGUGGAGAAAAGAAUAAGCAGCUAACAAGAUGGUGUACAGAAAGUAAAAAUACACUCUGCCUUGCAAUAGUAUAGCACCAAUUACUUAACUAAUCAGCUUUGACUAAGUUAACCAGUUUUUGGUUAAAUGAUAAGGAAGGCAGCUGGUAAGGGCACGUUAACAGUUUCACCCUCCCAAGGAGCAUAUAAAGUGUGUAACCUAAAACAUUAUUUCAUCACUUUAACAAUUUUAUCACUCUGCUCAAAUGAACAACGUUUUUAAAACAUCUUUUGAUAAACUAAAACAUUAUUUUAUUGAAUUGAAAGGGAUGCGAGCGCCUUAGGUAAAAAAGAACCGAUUGUCUUCUCAUCCUAAAUUUCUCCCAUUUUCCUUGUCGUUUUCCUUCACUCCAUUUCGUUUCUCUUUUGCGCUCUCAAAACCUCUCUUGCUCUACUUUCUCUUCAUUGGGCAACAAACAUUGUUUGAAGUUUGAAUCUUAGAUGUAAGUUUGAUAGUUUGUAAGUUUUGCGUCGUUUUGAAGGUUAGCAUUUAAUUUUUAUGGCAAUUGAGGGGUUGGGGUUUGCGUCGAUGGUUCCAUUUUUCCGUCUAUUCCAUUUUUCUCGUGUAUAGAUUAACAAAUUUCGGUUUAGGGUUUGUUUUGCGUCGAUUUAAUUUUUCGAAAAAUAGAUGAAAUAAUGCUUACUAUUUGGUGUUGUUUCAUUUCUGAUUGAUUUUCUAGCGUCUGGUUGGUCUAUUUUGAGGUGGUGGGAGGAAGGUUGAAGGUGAAGUUUUGAUGAUGCACUCGGGCAAAGUUGGAUGAAACUAAGGGACCAUAUGUUUGGAAAAUUGGAGAACUUCGCUCAAGUUUACCUUCUGUAAAAUUUCCCGGGCAAGACCUUGCACGAAGUUUCGACCGAGGAAUUCAACAGAAGUACAAAACUCAAGUGAAGUUUAAAAAAUUGAGCAACUUUGCUCAAGUUUUAUACCUUAUGUCUACUUCCCCGUGCAUGAUCUCAUCCGAGUUUUGUACCGAGGAAUUCAGCUGAUGGUAGAAAACUUGAGCGAAGUUUGAAAAAUUUAGUAACUUUGCUUGAGUUUUAUACCUUCUGACAAAAUUCCUAGGCACAAUCUGGCCUAAGUUUAGGUUCGAGGAAUUCAUCAGAAGUUUAUGGAACCUGUCCUGGUUAUGUUAUGUCUUUUCUGCUUC